AGGCUCAGGAGGGAAGGGAGUCUUUCUUGUCGGCGCAGGCACAUUCAAGCCAGGAAGAGAAUCGGAUCCCUGGAGAUCAUUGCCACCAACGCGCGUAACUGAAACCCGCAGCCAUGCUGAAACAGAUAUUAUCGGAGAUGUACAUCGAUCCUGACCUGCUGGCAGAACUCAGUGAGGAGCAGAAGCAGAUCCUCUUCUUCAAGAUGAGGCAGGAGCAGAUCAGACGGUGGAAAGAAAGAGAAGCUGCUGCAGACAAGGUUUCAGCAAAGAAGCCACUGCCAAAAAAAGCCAGCACGAAGUCAGUACAAUGGAAGCUAGGUGCCGACAACGAUGUCUGGGUGUGGGUGAUGGGUGAGCAUCCUUCAGAUAAAUCGUAUGCAGCCAUCUGUGAAGAGAUCCAGGCACAAAGGGCAAAGCGGUUAGCAAGUGAGCAAGGCAAGGAGACCAGAGAGACAGACUGUGCUGUAACACAGUCUCUGCAACCACAGCCAGAAGUCCUGGGUGAGACAGAAGUUCAGGGAAAAAAUAAAAACACUGUAGAGGAACAGAAAGAAGAGGCGAGAAAAAACACUGCUGGUACAAUUGGGAAAAGCCAGGAGCUCAAAAAGAGGGAAGCCCGGGAUGUUCACCAGAUGCUGGCAGACUGCCAGAUGAGGAAGGGUGGCUUCUCACAGAUGAAGGGAGGACACGGGAGAAAUUCAGGAGAAGAGACUACAGUCCCGCUGAAGGCAAUACCACAAAGCCACACAUGCUCAGAGAGCCAGAAGAUGCUGCAGAAAUCUGAUGAGAAUGAGCCGGAAUGGCAAGAAUCCUUGCGGAAAUCCAAGGCAGCGGAUGAGAAGAGACGCUCUCUCGCACGGCAGGCCAGAGAUGACUACAGGAGGCUUUCACUGCAGGGAGCCCACAGAGGGAAGCAGGCAGACAUAUCCAAGAAUGCCACAGCAGGAGAUCGGCGACCGCUCCAAUACCCUCCUCUCCCACCCAAGCCUAAACUUCUACCUCCUGCGAUGGCAAAUGGCAGAGCAGUUAGGAAAGAAGGAAUCCAGAGAACAAUAUCCAAUUCAGCUGAAGAAAGCAUCAUCAGGUGGUUCAAAGAGGAGCAAUUCCCUCUUCGAGCUGGCUAUCAGAAAACCACAGACACGAUAGCACCUUGGUUUCAUGGUAUCCUAACCUCUAGAAAAGCAGAGGAGCUUCUGAGUAAAACAGUGCCGGGGAGCUUUCUGGUCCGGGUCAGUGAGAAAAUCAAAGGCUAUGUGCUUUCCUAUCGGUCUGCAGAGGGAUGUAAACACUUCCUUAUUGAUGCCUCCAGUGAUUCCUACAGCUUCCUUGGAGUGGACCAGCUACAACAUUCAACACUGGCUGACCUUGUUGACUACCACAAGGAUGAACCCAUCACUUCUAUGGGAAAGGAGCUGUUGCUUUAUCCAUGCGGUCAAGAGGACCAUGAACCAGAUUACACCUGCCUCUUCGAGUGAACCUCCCAGUCUCAUUGCGUAGCCCCGUGCUGUUUUCAUCAAGACUGGAUUUCAAACUGGAAGCUGCUGAUGCUUACCUGAAACUUGCCAUAAGUGCCUCUAUUUCAAAUCCUUCACAACAAAGCAGUGGGAGAAUAAGCGCUGUCAUGGGCUUGUUGUUUCAACGGAGUUAAGGGAUGCAUCAGCCCAGCAAGCCACAAAACACCCAGAUACAUCAUGCACGUUGUGGAUUAGAUGAAGUAUCAGUUGAACAGAGAUUUCUGCAGAUUUCCUCAGGGAUAUCUAUGUUCAAGCUGCGUUUUGCUCCUGAAUGCAAGGUUGCCUCCUGUCUGGGAAACAGAUCGGUACCUAAAAUUGAAUGAGAUCAUAGCUUCCUGAAGGCACCAAACAACUUGGAGAAGUAAAUCAGUCUUGACAGUAAUUUGUUUAAUGUGAAACUUAAUGUUGUAAAAUGCUGUGCCCUUGGAAUCAAGGAUGUUCAAGUAAAACAUCCAAGCACACCCUUGGUGCCUUUCAGUGAAAUGUGUUCUCUGAAGAGAGAUUUUUAUGAAAAACGCAGUUUAAAAAUUCCUUUAGCCUCUGACUAUAGACCCUCAGUUUUUAACCUGUAUCUGAAUCCCACACUGGCCUUUCUGCAUAGAGGGGGAUUAACCUUUUGCAAGGGAGUGGAGAAGGGAUGCAGGAAUUUGUUAGAAAGAAGCACAUUCACAGAGCCUAAACAGCAUAAGAAAUAGGGCCUGUAUCAGUAUUAGUACAGUUUACGGGAGUGUUUGCCAGUAAAUAAUGCUGUUUUUCAGAACAGAGCUAUUUAUUACAAGUUGUGUCCAGAUUAUUGGGAUGCAGAUGGUGUGAACCGUAUUACAGAACUUUUUCUUCCAAAAAAACGUUCUCUCUUUGUAUCUGUUACUCUGCUCUUACAACACACAAUUCAGAAUAUUGAGGAAGAAGCUAAACAGAAUCACAUAAAUUAGUCCUCAAUCAGGUUGCUUCAAUUUGAAUUGUUUCAUGUGAGAAACUGUACAACUUGGGAUUGUUGUGCAAGUCUGCUAACACCAAUCUUUUGUUAGAGAUGUGACUGUCAAAGAGUGAGCAAGUAGUCAGUUGUUUACCUGUCCCCUUCCUUCAGCUGGAUCAGGGAUACCCUGCUUAACAGAAGCAGUUAAAAGCUUCAGUCUUACAUUGACCAGUAUUUUGCAGAACACAGAUUAGAAGAAAUUCUUAUAAUCAUGUGGUCUUAAAAUUGACAAUCAUGCUGAUAGGUGGUUUCCACAGAGAGCAUAAUCUGCACUCCAGCUGCAGCAUGUUUAAAUAACUAGAGAUAAAAGCCUUAAUGUAAAUUGGGAUUCUGAAAGUUGAGAUUCUGAAAGUAACAACAGAAAUGGGACAAAAGAUUUAAGGAACUUCUUGAGCAUUAUAUCACAUAUAUGAAAUAGAUAUUUUCAACAUAAUCCUUCCCUCUUCUGAACUGCUUCUUUUGAGAAACCAAAAUUAAGUCAGAGAUUCACAGCACUAGAGAAAAGUAUACCUUCUCAUGUUCUCAGGUGAAGAGUACGGCAUAGCAGUUGUCCUGCUGGAGACAAAUCAUACAGUACUUUGUGUAAGUAUGAGCUAGUAAAAAUCAGACAAAGUCUCCUUUAAAAGGCAGUCUGAGAAACAGGCUGUUAGCUUGCAGAAUUAAUGUGCAGGUUGACCUGGCACUGACACAGCAGGACCUCACAAACACGACCAACUGUGUCUCUAAUAUCCAUAAUGGGCCUCUUCAGUGUUUGGUCUGCUGUCUAGUGGCUGCCUUUGUAUUAUUACUACUUAUUUGCAAGUUACCCUGAGAAUGAGCGGAGCAAGGAAGAAUUGGGGAUGCUGGUUUUACUCAUAUUGUGGACUUUCUCUACAGACUUUCUUUCUUCAAAGGAUGCUGUGCAAGUAUUACAAGGGUAAUAACAUUUGUAAACUACUUGCUGGAACAAUUAUGACAGCUGGAAGGACGUGUCAAUUUGUUUUGUCAAAGGCCUUCAUUCCUUUAGCCAGAACAUGCAGAAGUCCUCAAAAAGUAAACUCAGAAGUCCCACUGUGGCCUCUCCAAAUAUGGAUAGUGAGCUGUAUUCUCUCCCCAGCUAAGACCCUGUUAAAGCUGCCAUUCUGAGAAAGAUCACAAGCUGUCUGUUUCUAGGGCAAGGAAGGUCAAGAGCUGCCUAAGAAAAGCCACACUUAUGUUGGAUGUUCAUAUAAUCAGCAGGAAAGACCGCCACUUGUCUGUACAAGUGUGGGUAAUAA